AUGAAAUUUGUUGUUCAAACGUGUUUGCUGUCAUCAAGAUGGAAGCUUCUCUGGACAACAAUGCCUUAUCUCAACUUCUCAAAUUAUCAUUUUGGCUCUUUACUACGCAAGUUUUCCAAAUUUGUGACUCAUGUUCUUUCUCACCGCAACAAUCAAGUAGACGUGUCUUUGGUAAAGCUACGAUUCGAGGAUGCAGUUAGUCAGGUUAUUGUGAAAAGGAUUGCAAAUUAUGCGUUCUCUCACAAUGUCCAAGAACUAACUAUUGAAAGUUUUUCCCCAUACCAAUCAUACUACCCUAGAAAAUACCCUUCUUGUCUAUUUAUCUCUCGCUCUCUUAAACAUUUCACAUUUAGUAGCCCUUUUUCACCUUGCGUUACACCCAAAACACCUUGGGAUUUUCCAGCUUUAACAACUUUGCAUCUCCUUCACAUCAAAUUGUGUGAUGCUCUCACUCAAGAGUCUCUUGAUCUUUUCUCCAAGUGUGUAAACUUAAAGAACCUCACUUUAGAUAUUUUCACUGUCGAGGAUGUGGGUGUAUUGGACAUCAUUACCCCUCGACUUUCUACUCUCACGCUUAUCUAUGGAAGAUGUUCAGAAUUCGUUAAUCUGGUUGCACCUCAACUUGAGAAACUUAAAGUAAUUAAUUGCUCAUUCAAGUACUUGAAUGCUCCACCAGGACUUUCAUUAUUGUACUACAGGGGUCAUUGCCCUCCUGCUGAGUUGUGUAAAGACCGAUUUCACUCUCUAAACAAAGUAACUAUCUGUUUGUAUCUUGAGAGUCCUUAUAAGGAAGAAGAUGCUCGCAAGUCUAUUAACAUGCUUCAAAAGCUCCAUAGUGCCAGAUAUCUCACACUUAAUGCAGACAUUAUUGAGUGUAUUUCCUCAUUUCCGGAUUUAUUGUUGCACCAUUCUUCACCUUUUAGCAACUUAAUUUGCUUGAAAAUAGACUCUGGCGUGAGGAAGGAUGUAUGCCAAGUAAACAUGUCUACUGAAGCUAGAAACUUCUUUCUUGACAACUCUCCAAACGCAACAAUCAUCAUGGAAUUAACUACGAAUUUUGGAGAUUCUUUUUGA